CUACACUGCAGACAAGUGCAAAAACUGCACACUGAGAGGAACAGAAAGCGACAAAAGGUAGCCAUGAUACAUACUGGCAUUGGUUUGAGGAUGGCUGGGAGCAGGGGUCCGGCCAUGCGCAAGCGUCUCAUUCCUGCGCCCAGUCUUCAUUUGGGCUGGCUCGCUUCGAUUGGGGGACUCAGGCUCAAUGCUCAAAGACUGGACUAUGUAUAUGACCGGACUGCCCCCGAGGAGCUUGGCUUCCAGAUGAAAGGACCGACGAUACUGUCGCUUGUUCAUCAUCAUCAGUCUCCGCUUGAUGCUUGGUUGCCAAGCUGGUGCCUCGAGAUUCCAGCCUCGACUCCAGCGCCGCCCAAACCGAGCCCCUCUAAUCGAUUAUAUUAA